AUGCUCUCCGCUGAGAGUGUUGAGAGUGGAUGCUCGAAUGAAGAUUCAAGACCAGAGGUCCCCCAUGUAUGUGAAGAUGAAGAAUUUUGGUUUACAGACGGGAAUGUCAUUCUCGUCUCAGGGGAGACGUCGUUCCGUGUACAUCAAGGAGUGGUAUCGCGACACUCCGAAGUGUUCAGGGAUCUGUUCAGUGUGCCACAACCUGAGAACGAGGAGAAACGAUUCGGCUGCCCUGUCAUCUGUCUGUCUGAUUCUCCGAUAGACUUGCGAUAUUUACUUCGUGUUCUCUACGACGGAAGAAAAUAUUAUCUCAAAAGACGCGAAGAGCAGCUGGAGUUAGCGGAAGUAGCAGCUCUGGUUGGUCUAGCUCAGAAAUACCAGAUUGAAGAUCUUCGGGAAGACGGAAUAUUGCGUUUGAAGACAUGCUUUACUGACAAGUUCGAUGUUUGGGAGGACAUUCUGAACAAGAGCCAGGCCAGCUAUAGCAGUACACUCAUGCGCUUCAGACCGACAGACGCCAUCGCGGCCGUCGAUCUGGCCCAUCGUACCGACACGCUCUCCAUGCUCCCCAUAGCUUUGUAUCUUUGUUGCACACUCGAAUCUUCUUACCUCAUUAGAGGCGUUACUCGUGCAGAUGGUACGGUCGAACGAUUAUCUCCCGAGGAUCUGGAACGGUGUCUAGAUGCUCGCACCUACCUGCUGAACAGAAACAUAUCCAUGAACCAGCAGAUCUAUGGAGCGACUAGCCCAUCCUGCUCGGAUCGCUCUCGAUGCUCGAUUAUUCUGGAGCGGGCUUCGGCGCAUCGCGUUAUGAACUCAGUUGGUGCGAAGGCGCAUCAUGUUCUGAGGUCGACGGACGAGUUUGCGGAGAGCCUCGUCCGGAGUUUUUCGCUGUGCAGGGAAUGUCUCGCGCUUAUCAAAUCUAGGGACCUUAUAGCUCGUCGGACUGUCUGGAAUGAGCUACCGACGUUCUUCGGCCUCACAAUUCCGGAUUGGAAUCGCGACAUUGAUCAAUAG